UCGUAAUUUUGUUCAAGGAUUUAAGAAGAGAAGAGUCUCAGAAGUCAGAAUUCGCAUCAGAAUCGACGGAGACGAUGAUACGGCUACGUACACAGAUUGAGAAAAAUCGAAGCGAAAGCAGAAGAAAGAUCGAUUCUUCUUCUUUCGAUUCGUUGCCCGAGGGAUGCAUUUCAAACAUAAUCUCUUUCACAAGUCCUGAAGACGCUUGCGUCGCUGCUACGGUUUCGAAGAUCUUUGAAUCGGCGAUGAAAUCAGAUAUCGUAUGGGAGAAGUUUCUUCCGGCAGAUUAUGAAUCUCUGAUUCCUCCGUCGCGAGUUUUCUCAUCGAAGAAGGAACUCUAUUUCUCUCUCUGCGACGAUCCUCUCCUAAUCCACGAUGGCAAAUUGAGCGUUUGGUUGGAGAAAGCGAGUGGGAAGAGGUGUGUAAUGUAUUCUGCGACUGCGAUGAUGAAUUUCUCAAGCAUGGGAGAUAUUUUUCAACGUUUCGAGUGGAUUCCAAUUCCUGAAGCUAGGUUUGAAACAGUAGCGCAGCUUCGCGAAGCUUGUAAGUUUAAGUUCAAUUGCAGAAUGAAUACUCGUGUCCUUUCUCCAAGAACUCGUUACUCGGUCUACAUUGUGUUCAAGAAAGCGGAUACUUGUUGUGGCUUUAAGGCUGUGUCUUUAGAGGCUGUAGUUGGGGUGGUGGGACAGGAUUCUUUUAGAAGAUUCAUAUGCUUUGAUACGCAUGCGAAGGGGAAGUUUCGAAAGGGGAAAGUGGUUGUGAAACCAGAGUUGAGAGAAGAUGGGUGGAUGGAGAUAGAGCUUGGGGAAUUCUUCAAUGAAGGAGGAUUGGAUAGUGAUGAAAUUGAGAUGACUACUUUAGAGCGUAAAUGCCCCCAGCAGAAGCGUGGUUUGGUCAUUCUAGGAAUUGAAAUCCGUCCUACGAAAAUCCUCGAGGAGUUUUCGGGUCGUCGCUUGUUAGGCCAAAAGAAAGCUUUAGUUCUAGAGAUUGAAAAUUUAUGAUAAUUUUUUGGGAACUUUACUCAGAUGUAUGACAUUUUAUAUGAAAUUACCAGAUACAUACAGAUCUUUUUUUUAUUACUAUCAUAUUUCGGGUAUAUUUUUUAUACUCAGCGUGCCCCUGUUAAACGUUACAAGAAAAAACGUAAUUACAAAGAAUGCCACUGCCACGUCAGCAAAGCCGCGUCGCCACGUCGCCACGUCAGAAAUCGCUGACGUGUAUUAAUGAACUCAGCCGUCGAGCGAUAUAGCGGCAGUGACGGCUGAGUUACGGUAUGUUGCGGCUGAUUUAAGAAAAAUGGCUGAGUUAUGAGCAAACGGCUGACUUACGAGUAUAACCCAGCCUGGAGUUACGGCUGACUUACUGAAAUCUUUCUGAGUUAUGAUAAAAUGGCUGACUUUCGAGCAUAACCCAGCCUAAGUUACGGCUGAGUUUUCACCCGAUGGUUGAUUUGUCAAAUUUUUGGCUGAGUUAUUGCUUCGACACGGCUGACUUAACUUUCUCCGGCUGGCUGAGUUAUCAAAGACGGCUUAGUUAUGGGAUGACGUUACGGCUGAUUUAUGUUCGAGUAUCAUAAAUCAGCCGUAAUGAGCUGGAUUAACGGAAAACUCGGCCUUAUUAUGGCUGACUUAGUAGCGAAAGAUUAAUUACUAGAAUAGCAUGCAAUGACGGCCGACUUAUUAAACGACACGACUGAGUUAAAUAUUUUUGGUUGAGUUACGACAGUAAACGGCUGAAUUUGGCUGCCGUUUUUUUUGUUUUUUAAUUACUGUAAUAGUAUUCAUGUUGCGGCUGAGUUAAAGUUUUGUUUGAUGGCUGGUUUAAUUAAGCUGA